AUGAUACUUAUUUCUCCACGAACUCAGGUACCAAAUCUUUCAUCGCAAUGUUCUGAGCCGAGUACAUCUGUUGCGAAUCAACAACCGAGUGCAUCAGUCUCUGACCAAGAGACCAAUCGUAUAUCUGCUCCGAACGACGACAUCAGUAGCUCAUCUACUCAGCAGGAAACAUUGGAAGAACAACCAAGUACGACAUCUGAAUCAACAACAAGAAAUAAAAAAUUAGCUUGUGUUUUUUGCGGCCACGUUGAGAAGAAAGUUGGUAAGCGACGACUUUAUGUAACGAUUCCACAAAAAGAGGCAACUGUAACCGAAAUCAAAGAAAUGGCUGAAUCAUCGCGAAAUUCGUCAUUAAUUAAAAAUUUAGAGGACUUUCCGACUGUCGCUUACCAUUCCAACUGUUUUACAGCUUUGAAGACAACUUUGCAACGUCAAAAUAAAGAGAAGGCAGAACCAGGACAUUGGCAUGCGAAUAGGCAAUUGCACCAGUCAGCAUUUGCUGUUAUUUCAGAUGUUAUCACCAUGGAAAUAAUUGAAAAAAAUCGAGUCAUGUUCCUUUGUGAUUUAUUUUCUCAAUACAAAGCUUUAUUAUUAGAAUUUGGUGAGAAUAAAGUAAAAGCCGAAGACUUUCACGAUUACCGUGCUGAAAAUUUAGAAAAUAAAAUAAUAAAUUCCUUUGGCGAUCGACUGAUCAUAGAGCCAUCUUCUGCAGCACACAGAAAAAAAAUUGUUUAUCAAUUUAAGAUUGAUACCUCUCAAUUAGCUGGUGAAAUUGCUAAUUUAGAAGAGAAACAGCAAAAUCGCCAUAGGGACGUUGCUUAUGAAUUACGAAAUAGCAUCACCUCUGUUGAAAAUAAGAAGUUACCAGCAGAUCUUAGCGUGGACGACGUUAUUCGUGGAGAGUGCACCAUUCCAGAAGAAUUGUUUAACUUUGUUUGUGACUUGGUUCAAGGGCCGGAUAUUCGUCGCAAAAAUUCAAACGAGGAUUUAGUUAAAAUUAAAUCAGUGUGCAGUGACCUUAUUUAUAUAGUUUCUAAAGGUCGAGUAAAACCAUCUAAGCAUCUUACUCUCGGAUUAGCAAUGAAGUCAAUAACAAGUUCCAGAAAAGUUCUUUCAAUAUUGAAUAGGUAUGGUCAUACUAUCGGCUAUAAUCUAGCCGAAGAAAUUGAAACGGAAAUGACAUACGCAACGCAAAAAGACGAAAGUUUAGUACCAUCCGGCAUCCGUAAAGUUAACGGAUUAAGUACGCAUGUUGCUUUUGACAAUUUCGAUCGUUUUGUCGACACUGCUACUGGUAAAGACACUUUACAUGAUACCGUUGGUAUUAUAUACCAGUUCAAUCAUAGGAUUAAUGAAGAAAGUGGUGAUAUGGAAAUCUUGAAUUGCUCUACAUCACAAUCUAACGAUGACAACAUUGAAUCUCAUCCGCCUCGUAAAAGACGGCGUUACGAAGGAAUUCCACAAAGUAUUCGAACUUACUACAAAAAACCUCUCACCAGUAUGCCUUUUGUUCAUGUCGAUUCAAUUACACAGACUAUCGAUGCGUGUCAAUUUGCGAAAAUAAUAGCUAUGGAUAAAGAUUAUAUUUGGAGUAUGUCUCUAUCACGGAUUGAUUCUCUCCCCAUGUGGUUGGGAUACAAUUGUAAGAUUUGUAUUGAUUGUAGCAAAACUCAAACAGUCGAUUACUUACCUCCUAUUAAUUCGUCUCCUACUUCAUUAGCAGUUGUUUAUCAAACUCUCUGUACUGCUAAGGAAAUUGCGAAAAAUUGUGAUCAAGAACAGAUUAUCGUCACUUAUGAUUUGGCAAUUGCAAAAUUAGCUAUGCAAAUACAAUUACAUGAGAAGCCUGAAUUCGAUAAUGUGUUUGUAAAUUUAGGAGCAUUCCAUAUGCAAAUGGCAUAUUUCAAAGCCAUUGGUAAGUACAUUGACUCCAGUGGAUUAGUGGAGAUUUUGGUUGAAGCUGAAGCACUAGCGGGAGGAUCAAUGGUUAGCUUUUUAGACAGCAAACAUUUUAAUCGGUGUAAGCGAUUGCAUCCGCUGGCAUCUGGUGCCUUACAAGUUCUUCAUUUCGAAAAGUAUUUAUCGGAAAAACAAUAUGAUCCAGAUACAUUGAAUGAAGAUUUAGCUGCUGUAAUAAAUACCCCGAGUGAAGACAAUGAACGUAUAAUUUUACAGGACUCACUACAACAAAUACUUGAAGAUUACAAACAGUAUCGAGAAACAACGCUUCAGGGUGGCCAUGGAAAGACCGCUCAAUAUUACUUGCUAUACUCGGAAAUGAUUAAUAUUUAUCAUCGAUUUUCCAGAAGUAUUCGUUGCAGUAACUUAGAGCUCUACCUAAAUAGCAUUUUUGAAAUAUGUGAUUAUUUCUUUGCAUUUAAUCUACCAAAUUAUUCCAAAUGGGCAGCUUUGUACUUAAAUAAUUUAAUUAAGCUGAAAAUGGACGAUUCAGCUUUGAUUGCGGAAUUUCGUCAAGGUGCAUUUGGUGUUAGGCGUACCAAUUCAUGUUUAGGUAGAUCACCUGUGGACCUAACAUUGGAGCAAACGAUAAAUGCAGAUGCUGGUAACACAUUGACUGGUGUUAGCCACUUCACUAACUCUAUAGCUGCAAGACAAAGGUGGGCUCUUAGCCAUAGCAUAAGAACCAAAAUUUUAUCAGCUGUAAAAGCGGAAGUUGGCCUAUCACGGGCAGAUGAUACUUCUCAUUCACUGCAAAAGAAUCAAAUAGAGAAAGACAAUAAAACGCUGAAUAGAAUUAUUGAAACAAUGAAAAAAACAACGAAUCCUUUCAGCGAAAAUUUGGAUAAGAAUAUUUUAUUCAAUAUGUCAACUGGUAAAGCAGCAUCUUCACACGUUUCUGAUUUUUUAUUGAAUUGUAAGACAUUAGGUCAUGAACAAAAAUUACGUUUCUUUUCGGAAUGUUCUGAAGAUCCUACAAGGUUUGUGAAAUCUAUCAAACGUAAUGUUAUUUCUAACUUUGCAUCUGACUGUGCAAAAAGAACAAUUAAGAAUAAAAGUAAAGACAACCAAGCUCUAUUAAAAAUGGAACGCGAUAUUUUCGGACGACUUUUAGCAAUUGCUAUCGAACAUAAAGUUGAUAUUGAGAACUGCCUGUCGUAUCCACUUGCACCUGUACCUCCGGCACUGUUCCACUGUACUGGUCAUAUGUAUAAGACAGACAAAUCUACUCUAAGUAAACAUCUAAAAUCAAAAAUUGAAGUUUCAAAUCCUGGACAUAUUGAUGUAGAAAUAAUAGAUGGUUUCUAUUAUUUGUAUUCUAUAGGUUCUACUCUACCACAAAGUUUUGGAAAAGUAGCUGAAGCAAUACUGAUAAAGCUAUGCUCAACAAAUAGCCAAGAAAUACACAUAAUAUUUGAUAGAUACCUUACUCCUUCUAUCAAAGAUUGUGAAAGAUUGAACAGAGCGGAAAUUGAUAUUCCAUAUACAAUUAGCGGUCCAUUACAGCCUAGACCCAAGGAUUUUUUAGCAAGUUUAAAAAAUUAUCGUUUUAAAGAAGCUCUCGUAAAAUUUUUAGCUGAUCACUGGAGUGAUAAUAGUUUUGCUGCAAUAUUAAAAAAUAAAAAAGUUUUCAUUACGGUCGACGAACUAUGUUUUUCAUUUUCUUCGGUUGGAAAUAUCGUACUCAAGAACGAAGAACCUGAAUUAGCAUGCCUACAUGAGGAAGCUGAUACCAGGAUUAUUUUUCACAUCAGUAAAAUACAUGACGGUGCAAAAAUUUUGGUUAAGGCAACUGACACUGACAUCUUAAUAAUAUUAUUAGGAAAUAUACAUAAAUUUGCCAACUUACAAAUUUGGUUGGCAAACAGUACUUCAAAAAAAACUACCAAUCAAGAUCAAGCUUGCAUUAACUGCACAAAAUUAUCAGUGGAAUUAGGUCCGACCUUAUGUCUUGCACUACCAGCAUUCCACGCGUUUACUGGUUGCGACUAUACAGCAGCAUUUUUUAACAAAGGAAAAGUCCGCCCUUUCAAGAUAUUUUGUAAACACCAGAACAUUCAAGAGACAUUUGCAUCAUUAAGCAAUCCGGAGGAUAUUCUUGAUGAUAACAAAAUGAUAGUAGUUCAGGAGUUUAUAGCUCUAAUGUAUGGGAUUAAAAAUUGUCAAAAUGUAAACGCUGCAAGACUUUUAAUGUUUAAUAAAAUGUAUGCCAUGACUACAAUUAAUGACAAAUUUAUGAAAAAACUUAAAGGUUUCAAUUCAAGCACUAUUCCACCAUGCUUGAAAUCUUUGCAACAAAAAUUAUUGCGUACGAUCUUCGUUAAUUCAAUGUGGCAAAAUGCCACUAAUCCAGAUUGCAUCAGAUUUAAACCUGAAAAUAAUGGUUGGAUUUUAGAUGAAACUUUAAAACCAACAUGGUUCAUUGGAGAUUCAAUGCCACAGCAAGUAGAAGAUGUUAUUUGUGAUUUAAUUGAACAAUCUUCAGAAGAUACAAACGAUAAAGAUUCUGACGUUUCAACAUAUGAGAGUGACAGUUCUGAUGAUUCAAGUGACGAUAGUACGUAA